AUGAUGUCGCUCAACUACAGUGGUACGGCGGCCGGAGUGGCGCUGAAACCGCACGUUGAUCGGCAUCACACCGCAGGGCGUGUGUGCGUGGUCUUCCCUUUUGGUGCGUGGAUCAAGCUCGCUUCGUCUCGGCGACCCAUGAAUCGAGGACUUAUCGCAGCAGUGCCUCGCUUCUGCGGCUGCAGGCGAGUUCGACUCUUCAACGCAAUCCUGGCUAGUGCUGUACGAGCUUGGUGUCAUCGUCGAGGUACCCGCCGGCUGCUGCAUCGCCUUCCCUUCCGCACUCGUCACGCAUGGGAACGUCCAUCUCGACGUUUUCUUGACGGACGGCGGCGCGCCAAAGUGCGGAGAAACGUAUUCAACACGUGGGUCUGUAGUGUUCUGGACGCCCAGUCGUGUGAUCUCUUGGCUUUAA